GCCAUAAUAAAAUCUUAACCCUAACCCUCACCGAAACCAACCCGAUCCCACUCCCCCACACGCCUCCCCUGCGUCCACCUCAUCUCUCCCUCACCCCCCUCCUCUCCCUCACCCCCUCAUCCUCCUCAAACCCACGGCGACCAUGGCCACCACGGCGGCGGCGACGACGACGACGACGACGACGACGACCCCUUCCUCCCCACCGGCUUCGUCACCGCCUUCUCCGCCUGGUCCCUCGAGCCCGCCCCCGUCUUCGCCCGCCCCCGUCUUCGCCCGCUCCGCCCUCUCCUUCUCCGGCUACCUCGUCGAGCUCGAGCGUGGCGGUGGCGGCAGCGGAGGAGGAGGAGGAGGAGGAGGAGGCGGUGGCGGCGCCGAUCCCUCGGGGCCGCUCGUCUCCGUCGACAACCUCCGAGCCUACCUGCAAAUCAUCGACAACGCCUCCAUUCUAGGGCUCGAUCACGACAUCGCGGAUCACGCCUUUGAGCUCUUUAGGGACUGCUCCUCUGCCAUUUGCCUGAGGAAUCGCAGUGUCGAGGCCCUCGCUACCGCCGCGCUCGUGCAGGCGAUCCGGGAGGCGCAGGAGCACUCUGCAGAAGAGCGCAAGAAGAUAUUGCUGGACAUUGCUGACGCCCUAGAGGCGAAUGAAAAAUUAAUCAGAACUGAAAAUGAAUCUGAUAUUGCUACUGCACAACAAGCUGGAAUAGAGAAAUCUUUGAUUUCUAGAUCGACUCUAAAGCCUGGAAAGAUAUCCUGCCUUGCAAAGUCAAUACGUGUACUUGUAAAUAUGGUAGACCCAAUUGGCCAGAUAUUGAAGAGAACAGAGCUUGCAGAUGGGCUUAUCUUAGAGAAGACAUCGUGCCCCUUGGGUGUUCUCCUGAUUGUUUUUGAGUCCCGCCCUGAUGCCUUAGUUUGGAUUGCAUCUUUAGCAGUUCGAAGUGGGAACGGGCUUCUCUUGAAAGGUGGGAAGGAAGCCAUGGGAUCCAAUGCAAUAUUACAUAAGGUCAUUUGUGGGGCAAUUCCAAGCAUGGUAGGUGACAAGCUUAUUGGUCUUGUAACAUCAAGAGAUGAAAUUCCUGAUUUACUGAAGAACAAGGACAGGGUUCUCUAGAAACUUGCUGUUCGGGUGGCAUUUUCCUUUUGAUCUCUUCAUUCAAGAACAGCUGGAGCUGCGGAAAUUGAAGUGGGAAGCAAGAGUUUCAAACAUGCGGUGUUUGUUAUUUUUUAGCUACAUUUUGAACAAGUAUUUUUUUGUUAGAACUUAUGUUUGAAAUUUAAUUUGAAUACUGAGAUUGUAAUUUGAGAGUUGAGAUUAUUUGUUAUACAAAUUAUUAAUGCUUUUUGGUUACUAAUAUUUUUUAAUAUUUCAAUUCAUUGUAGUAUUUAGUUGUUAAUCAAUCAAGUAGUUUAAUAUUAAUUUAA